GUGGGAAGUUGUAUGAAAGAGAACUUGACGUUACCCUUUCUCCUAAGUGCCACAAAACAACAGAACUUGCUCCCCAAGUUCACCAUUCUCAGUGUUUUUUUUUUCUUUCCCUCUUGGGUAUAAAACCAACCCCAUCAUUCAUCAUUCUCUUCAACACUUGACCUCUGUUUUGAAAGAUAAACAGUACAAACACUUGUUCUAAAUAACCAUGGAUCAUAGGAUUUCAUUGGAAGAAGAUGGAGUGAGCACUGAUCUGCAAGCUAAUAAACUCACAAGGCUCAGCCAAACUAGCAGCGCAGGUACCACAAUGUUUGAGCCUCAUGGCAUAAGAACUAUUGAGAAAACAGAGAGCAAUAUUACUGCUGAAUCUGUCUCCUCAUCCUGUUUAGAUGUUGAAGCACCAGAAAAGAAGCUAACCCUCUUUGCUCUUCAACUUGCUGUGUUUGAGAAAGCAGCAACUGGGUUAGGAACACUUGGGUUUAUCUGGGCUACUGUGGUCCUUCUGGGUGGUUUUGCCAUUACUUUGGAUUCAACUGACUUCUGGUUCAUCACCAUCAUACUACUGAUUGAAGGGACCAGAAUUUUCAGCAGGAGCCAUGAGCUAGAAUGGCAGCACCAAGCCACUUGGUCCAUAACUGAUGCUGGAGUAAAUAGUUUCAAGGUUUUGAGGUCAACUUCAAACUAUGUCCUUGAAAGUAUAAAGAAUUGCCUUUGGAAGCCAGUUGUUGCUGUCAAGAACUGUAGCCAACAUGAGAGAGAAACAAAAGAGGCCAGUGCAGCAAGUCCUCCUUAUCGGGACAGCACACCAACUAGAACAAGGACAAGCUCAGAUGUUCCAAUUCUACCAUAUGCUAAUUGGGUUUUCCUGUCAAGCCGUAUCAGUAGGCUUCUCUAUUGGCUUCAGCUUCUUUCUGCCACUGCUUGUGUGGUUCUCUCAUCCGUAAAGCUUAUCAAGCAUAACUAUGGAGAGGUAGCUAAGGGAGAUACUGACAAGAGGAACAGGCAAUUUGCUCUUAAUAUCUUCUAUGCAUUGGCUUUGGCAGAAGCUUUAUUGUUUCUGAUGGAAAAAGCUUACUGGGAAUGGAAGAUCAGCUACCGGAAAAUGUUGGAGGAGGUUAGAGAUGAGUGUGAAUUGGGGCUGUUAGGAAUGGUGUCAAUCAGAAGGUUCUUUUAUGAUGCUUAUUCAAGAUGUAUUGAAGGAAGCAUAUUUGAUGGCUUGAAUAUGGGCAUGGUCAGUUUUGCUAUGGAUCUAUUGGAUUCAAACUCUCAUGAUGAGCAACUCACUGGGGCAAGAAUUCUUCGCCAGCUGGCCACCAGUGAACGGUUCUCUGAGGAUACUCUUCAAAAGAUUGGAAUUGCCAUAUCUGUGUUAGAGAGACUGGUUGAGAUGUUGAAUUGGACAGAUCACAAAGAGGAAGAAAUUAGGGUGUCAGCAGCAGAAAUCCUAUUGAAACUAGCAGGCAAGAAGCAUAACUCUCUGCGCAUAGCUGGGAUACCAGGAGCUAUGGAAUCAAUAUCUUCUCUUCUUCAUACUAAUCGGAACUACGUUCCUGCAGCCGACGAAAUUGGAGAAAAGAAGCAUGUACUUGAUAAUCCAAAUUAUGGAUUUUGGACAUUUAACCACUUGGGACUUCUCAUUUUGAAAAAACUUGCUCGUAAUCAUGAUAACUGUGGAAAGAUCGGACAUACAAGAGGCCUCCUCCCAAAGAUCGUAGAUUUCACACAUGCUGAAGAAAGAAUAUUGAAGAAUGAAAAUUUUGCUCCAUACCAAAUUAUUACAGUGAAGAAAUCCUUGCAACUAAUGAAAAUGCUGGCUAGCACAACAGGUACCACUGGGAAGGUUCUGAGGAGAGAGAUUUCUGAGAUAGUUUUUACAAUCAGCAAUCUCAGAGACAUAUUAAGGCAUGGAGAUAAACACCCCUUAUUACAAAAACUGUGCAUGGAAAUUUUGACCAAUUUGGCAUUGGAAGAGGAUGCAAAAGAAAUAAUUGGAGGAACAGGUGGAGUACUUAAAGAAUUGUUCAACAUAUUCUUCAAACACAACAUACCAGAAAAUCAAAAGGAUGUGGCCAUUGCUGCUGGUGACACCCUAGCAAUGUUGGCUCUAGAAAGCAAGAACAAUUGUCAUCGCAUUUUGAAGUUGAAAGUGCUUGAAAGUCUUGUAGAAGCAUUGAAAGUUCCAUUGCUUCGCAUCAAUGCUGCUAGAAUACUAAGAAAUUUAUGCACUUACAGUGGAUCAGAAUGCUUCAGCCGGCUGGAGUUGGUAAAAACUGCAGCACCAACAAUACUUCCAGCAAUCAUGUCAGAAGAAAACAAACUACAGGAAGUGAUGGUUGGAGUUGCAGCAAGUGUUUUCAAAUUCAUGACUUCUCAUGAAUCAAGCACUUUAUUUGAAGAAGCUGGAAUUUCUGAGGCUGAAAUGGCAAACAAGUUAAUCCAGAUUCUCAAGAAGCACAAAUAUCCACCAACUAAGGUUCCUAGGAUAAGGAGGUUUGCUAUAGAGUUGUCAAUAGGGAUGAUGAACGACAAAGCAGAAAACAUAUGUAUCUUCAAGGAACUGGGAAUGGAGGAAGCGCUGGAAGGUGUCUUAGAGACCACAUCUGAGCUUGAAAGCUUUAACGUUUUCUCUGGUACCUUUGGUCUUAACCGGCACAAUGUGACAAUUCACUCACUGGUUGAAGCAGCAUUGACGUUGCUCGGAGACGUAAAACAUAGUUGACGAAGUACCGUGUUAUUAAAUGACUGUGACUCAGAAAAUGCUGUAAUAUUGUGCAUAUUUAAGGUGUAGCAGUUAUAGUUUAUCCAAGAAAGCAUGCAUGUUUGCUUGGGCUGGAAAGCUAGCAUUCAGCAAUUUAUUCAUUGUUAUUUCAGAUCUAAUGUCAUAUUUGGUUUAACUUAUUGGCAUGUCUAAAUAUUUUGAAUCACAUGGCCUCUUGCUUAAAAAUUCAAAAAUUAUGUGAUACAAUAAUUUGACUUUUACUAACCAAAUUUGACAUUUAUGUCUUGACCUUAGGUUGCUGCUUCGUCGAUCUACAAAGAUUAC